CCUCGGCCAGCCGGCCUCCCCGCCCCUCCCCCCGCCCGCCGCCCGCGCUCUGCCCCGGGCGGCCGGAGACGGCGGCGGCGUCUGCGGGAAGCCGAGUGUCUCCGCAGUGACGUGGGCGGGCCGAGGGCUCGGUGACGUCAGAGGCUGUGUGUAGCGAUGUGUGUGGGGUUCGGAGUCGCGCCGGCACAGGCUGAGGGAGCGGGCGAGCGGCGCGGCGGCGGCGGCGGCGGCGGCGGGCGCAGAUUAAUUGAAAGAAGAAUAAACAGUAAUUCUUGAAGAUAACAGAGCAAUUUUAUUUGUAUCAUUUUCAAUUAAGUUCAAGUGGAGUCAAAGAGUUUUAUUGGUUUGAAGAUUUAUAAGCGUUCAUUUUAUCAACACAGACCAACAGAUCAUUUUUAGAGACAGUACUUCACUCCCCCACUUUUUUUUUCGCGUCUUCAGUGCCAAAAAUUAAUUUUGGGUGCAGCAUAUUGACUUGCUUGUGUCUAAUUUUAUGACACGAGGAGUUGCAUACAUAUCUCUGUCUUUUGCUUAAAAAACAGAUUACAUUUACCUAGACAUCUUGAUUUGAGAAAAUUACGAACUUUUAAUUUUGUAUAUAAUCUGAAGAAUUUUUUAAAAAGCUUUUUCCCAGGCUGACUGUUAAAAUUAUAUUCUUUCUUGCUAGGGGCAAGGAGAAAUUUUAUAGCAUUUGCCCUGAAAUUUAGAGUGCAAACAGAACACAGUUACAGCAUCUAUUGAGUACUUCAGGGAAAUUUGGAAAAUAUUUUUGAAAUUUCUUCUUAGGAGAGUUGAGUCACCAUAAAUAUUGGUGUAUGUUACUCUCUUUCCUUCAAAUGAAGAAUUAAGUAACAAUGCCAAUCUCAGACUUAGUUAUUUAACACGAUACUUUUUAGCGAUGGAAAACCUACAGGCAGGUUUCUCCUCAGUUCAGUGCUCAAGUCAAAAACUGAAUGGGAUGGAAGAUGAUGGCAGCCCUCCGGUGAAAAAAAUGAUGACGGACAUUCAUGCAAGUGCAAAAACGAUGAUACACAAAAUGCCCACGGUGAAGAAGGAACACUUGGAUGAGUAUGGGGAAGCGCCCAUGGAAACGGACGGAGAGCAUAUCAAGCGGGCCUGUGCCUCGGUGCCUGAGCCUUUACAUUUAAAUCCCAGUCUGAAGCACACCCUGGCACAAUUUCACUUAAGUAGUCAGAGCUCUCUUGGUGGUCCAGCGGCAUUUUCAGCGAGGUAUUCCCAAGAAAGCAUGUCACCUACUGUCUUUCUGCCUCUUCCGUCUCCUCAGGUCCUUCCUGGCCCACUACUCAUUCCUUCUGAUAGCUCCACGGAGCUCACACAGACUGUGUUGGAAGGGGAGUCGAUUUCUUGUUUUCAGGUCGGAGGAGAAAAGAGACUUUGUUUGCCUCAAGUCUUAAAUUCCGUUCUCCGGGAAUUUUCACUCCAGCAAAUAAAUACAGUGUGUGAUGAAUUGUAUAUUUAUUGUUCAAGGUGUUCCUCAGACCAGCUUCAUAUCUUAAAGGUCCUGGGAAUACUUCCAUUCAAUGCCCCAUCCUGUGGGUUGAUCACGUUAACUGAUGCACAAAGACUAUGUAAUGCUUUAUUGCGACCACGCACUUUCCCCCAAAAUAGUGGCGUACUUCCUGCUAAAAGCUCAUUGGCCCAGUUAAAGGAAACUGGCAGUGCCUUUGAAGUGGAACACGAAUGCCUUGGCAAGUGUCAGGGUCUAUUUGCACCCCAGUUUUAUGUUCAGCCCGAUGCUCCAUGCAUUCAGUGUCUGGAGUGUUGUGGAAUGUUUGCGCCACAGACAUUUGUGAUGCAUUCCCACAGAUCACCUGACAAAAGGACUUGUCACUGGGGCUUUGAAUCAGCCAAAUGGCAUUGCUAUCUUCACGUGAACCAAAAAUACUUAGGGACACCCGAAGAAAAGAAAUUGAAGAUCAUUUUAGAAGAAAUGAAGGAGAAAUUUAGCAUAAGAAAUGGAAAAAGAACUCAGUCUAAGAUAGAUACACCACCAGGAUUGGAAUUGCAGUCAUGGUAUCCUGUUAUAAAGCAGGAAGGUGAUCAGAUUUCUCAGACACAUUCAUUUUUACACCCCAGCUACUACUUAUACAUGUGUGAUAAAGUGGUUGCCCCAAAUGUGUCACUCACUUCUGCUGCAUCUCAGUGUAAAGAGGUCACAAAGCCAGAGGCAAGUAGAUCUACACCAAGACAUUCGGAGAAGCCUCACAGUAGUGGGAAACAUCAGAAAACAGUGUCUUAUCCAGACGUCUCACUUGAGGAACAGGAGAAAAUGGAUUUAAAAACAAGUAGAGAAUUAUGUAGUCGUUUAAAAGAUCCAUCCAUCUCAAAUACUUCUACUGGUAAAAAGAAACCUGAGUCUGUUAGUUGCAACAUAGUCAGAGAUUCAAGCAAGAUGGAAAUUGUCCAUGAAGCUCCAGCUUCAACUUCACAUCUUGUCAAAGAUAUUAUUUGUGAGGAUGAUAAAGGAAAAAUCAUGGAGGAAGUAAUGAGAACUUAUGUAAAACAACAAGAAAAACUGACCUCUAUUUUGCAGAAAAAACAACAACUUCAGAUGGAAGUUGAAAUGCUGAGUAGCUCCAAAGCUAUGAAGGAACUCACCGAGGAACAGCAGAACCUACAGAAAGAGCUUGAAUCUUUGCAAAAUGAACAUGCUCAAAGAAUGGAAGAAUUUUAUGUUGAACAGAAGGAUCUAGAGAAAAAGUUAGAGCAGGUUAUGAAGCAAAAAUGUACAUGUGACUCAAAUGUAGAAAAAGACAAAGAGGCUGAAUAUGCAGCACAGCUGGCUGAGCUGAGACAGAGACUGGACCACGCUGAGGCCGACAGGCAGGAGCUCCAGGACGAGCUGCGGCAGGAGCGGGAGGCAAGACAGAAGCUGGAGCUGAUGAUAAAAGAGCUGAAGCUGCAAAUUUUGAAAUCAUCAAAGAUGGCUAAAGAAUAGGACCUUUUAAGGAGAUACAUUUGUGUAUUCUGAACAGGGUUUAUUUUUGUUUUUUUCCUUUGGUAAUUGAAUUCUGAACAAUUUCCGGGCACAAAAAUAACUCGACAGUCUGUCAAUUUGUAGAUCAGAGAAAAUGAAGAAUUAUAUAUUGGUACAUGACUUUUUACAUUUUCCAAAUGAAUGAAAAUGUAUGUUUGUUUGUAUUUCCCCCCCAUCCAACUUAGUAACAAUACUAUGCGGUUUCAGUGAGUAAAUAAUCUGCCUAUAUUUCUAAUGCAAAUAUACCUACCACUUGUAUACUUUUUAAAAUCUUCAUUGCAUGAUGGAAAAAAGUUGUCAAUAUUAUUCAUAUUCCAGACACAGUUUUAGGUACAUCGCAAUAUUUAAAUAUAUAAUCACCUAAGGAUCAAACCUUCAAUUUUAAUCAUCAACACAGUAUCCCUUUAUAAAAUUGAUGCAGUAUUCUCAUUAUUAUAUACAAGAUAUGCCUUUGUUUUGUUCAGGUUGUGGGAUAAAUUUUCAAAAUAGUAUUUUUUUUUCUUAAUGUCUUUUUAAGACACUUGUCAAAAGAGAAAUUUCACAGAUAAAGUUAUAGUACAUCCAAUGAGCAUAUUGAGGAAGGAUGGCAUUCAUGAUUAUUAACUGCUGCUAAACAGUAGAAGCAGAAUAAUUUGUUUUUCAGUUCAAAUGUGAUUUUAUUUAGAAUUUUUUUUUAUGCAGUCAUAUGAGAAGAAAUGAGAUAAAGUAAUUUCUAACCUACUUUGUUAGUAAUGGCAUGGGAAUAUUAACGUUCUUGAGUAAAAACCAGUGCCAUUGAUGCGUGUCAAUUUCUACACAAUCCAUAAUCCUCCUGUACAGUUUUUAUAUGUAGUUAUGUAUGUCUUACUGAAAUUUAUGUAAAGGAUUUGUUUUCUUUAAUGUAUUUGUUUUACUUUACAUUGUAAAAUAUUAAACACCUUCAAGAUUAUUUUGAAACUUUCAUAUGUUUAAAUGUUAAGUUUUAUCGAACUUUGCACAAAUGGACCAUUUUCAGUUACUACUUAAUAUCAAGAUCAUAAAUUUAUAGCCAACUGAUAGUAGAUGAUAGGCUAAUAUAGAGAAGUGUAGUUUUUUGUUUCUGAAUGGUUUUUAGCUAAUUUUUAGGAGAUAAUGGAAUUCCAGCUGGCAAGGGGCAACAUUGUCUGCACUUUUCUGUUUGUUUUGUUUUGCACAGAAAUUUUUGUCAUUCUUACUGGCAAAAUUUCAUAUUUGUUAACUCUUGGCUUAAAAGAUAUUAGGUAAAAAUUUUGAUAUGGAUCUUUUUAAAGAAAAUUUCCCCAACUACCAUUAAUUAACAAUGUCUUGUGAUUUUGUGUUUUCUCAUGUUCUUCUGUAAGGUACUAUGUGGAAUUACUUGAGCUAAAUUUAUUUUUAAAAGAUAAAUUAGCUAGGGUUAAGGUUAUACUGUUAUACUCCCAGCAUAGAAGAUAGAUACUAUGGUGGUAUAGAAAACUGCAAAAAAAAAAAAAAGCUUUUCAUUUAACUUGUUUUCAUAUUUUUUUUACUGGUACUUAAAUAUCAUAAAAUAAUUUUUGUACUUCCCAAAGUAUAGUUUUUUUUUCCAGAGUAUGAUCUAAAGGUGUGUUUUCUAUCUUCAGUAUAGAUUUUAGCUAUUAGUCUUGUGGUUUAAUUUGCUGAUUCUUGGGAUUUCCACAAGGCGCACAAUGUUAAAAUGGCAUCCAGGAAUAAAUUUUUUCAAUGUUAUCUCCAUCCAAUAUCUUUUACUUAGGUCUGGAGAAUGAAAUACCAGCCAUUUAGUGAUAAAUUUUCAUUGUAGUUAUCAGUUAGUUGUGUAACAGUUAAGGUCGUUGUGUUUUUUUCCCCUUUGGAGACAAAGUCAAGCCCCUUUAAUAUAUUUCCCACCCCCCAAUUAACUCAAAAACGUUUCUGCAUAUGUUAUUUAAUAUAUGCUGAACCUACUUAAGUCUCAACCCACAGCUUCGAAAGUAAAUUGCUUAAUCUUUGAAAUCCGUUACUAAACACUUUUAAAGGUGUUGAACAUUAAACAUUAAAGUGAUCAUUAAUUCUUAAUUUAGAUUUGAAUAAAUAAUAUUUUUUUCUAGUCCUUCACAUAAUGAAAAAUUUCCAAUAAAAGUAUAGUCUUAUUUUCCAGAAGAUUCAUUGUUGUGCCAUAAUUUUCUGCCUAACAUCCUGUAAAGGUUUUUAGUCAAUUGUAAAUAUUAUAGCUAUCCUAGUUAAAAGUAAUUUUAAGUUAAUCUGCACCGUAUAGCUUAAAAAUAGAGAUUUUUUUAAAGUGACCUCUGCUAAAGUAUCUUAUUCAUAUAAACUUCUUCUAUUAUUUGCAUGCUCAUUAUGUGUGUUGGUUGCUAGCUUAAUAUUUGUUUGGUGUUUUUGUGUACCAAUUUAUUAGGCAGAUUCUUCCUCAGACUUCAUAAUGCUCUCUUUAGUAGAAAUAUAAACAUGCUUUACUUAAAAGAGCUUCAUUAAGGAAAUGCCUAUGAAAAAGGCUAGAGCAUCUUAGAAGGAAGAAAAACUACCAGACUAUUUGCUUAUUAGGUAAUGGGUGAUGUUUAAUUUUGAUGCUAAUAGUUUCUAUAGUCUAAACUUUGAGAUAAAGUACCAAAUGUGUAAAGAUGAGGAAGUUCUAAACCACCCUGAUUUUACAAAUGCAACU